GAUUGAUGAUAAGAAGACAUUCUUUUCGCUCACUUGUUUUUUCUGAAUGUCAAAAUAUUUCUGAUUUAUCUUUAAAUUUUUUUUCACAACCUUUUCUAAAAUGGUUAAGUUUAGAUUGGUGUUGGGAUAUUACGGAAUCUUCUAUUUUAAAGAUAAUCGAAGCAUCACCAAAUUUGGAAGAAUUGAUGCUUACAGAACCUGAAAUUAUAAAAACAAUAUGUAAAAACAAUAAAAGCUUAUAUAUUGUGGAUUAUUAUGGAGAAGUGAAUAAGGAAGGUAAAAAAAUUGGAGAUAAAGAUAACAUAUUUAUAAUAGAUGAAAAAUUGGAAUUAAUGAUAG